AUGAAUGAAAUAAAAAUAGAAAAUUAUCGGAUUGUUGAAAAUGGCAGCAAGAAACCGUUUUGUCUUUACACUAUUGAAAUUUACGUUAAUGGCACAAGAUAUGUUGUAGAAAAACGAUAUAGUCAAUUUCACGCUUUGCACGAAGAGCUUAGAAAAUUACAUCCGACUCCUAAUUUUCCUCCGAAAAAAGUAAGAUCUCUUCAGCAAAGAGUUUUAGAAAAAAGAAAGCAAGCAUUAGAAAAAUAUUUAUUAACAAUGUUGAAAUUUCAACAAAGUAGAUCUCACGUUCUAUCAUUUUUGGGUAUCAAUAAACCAGAAAACAAUCAUUCAAGUAGUGAUUUAGAAAAAAUUGAUGAGAAUAAUAUGAAACAUCAACCGAUAUUUCAAUUUAAAAAGGAUAUAAUUCCACAAGGAGUGAGAACUUCAAAUAUUCCUGAUAUCGUUGUUGAUGGAAUUUUUCUCGGCUUAUACAAAACCACUGUUAAUAAUUUGUGA